CGCGAGAUUAAGACCGGAAGUACACUUGGGCACCGACCUUUCCUUCCGGGUUAGAGCUCCGCCUCACAGUUCCCAUGUGCGGGGACAUUAGUGCCGAGUGUCUUCUUUUCGUGUAGUAACCACGCAUCUAACCGGUGGUAAAAGAUGACAUCUCUAUCCCAGCAACUGCAGCGUCUUGCUCUACCUCAAAAUGAUCCUAGUCUCUUGGCUAGGCAUGAAGUUGCAUCCUUACUGUUUGAUUGUAAGGAAGCAGCCAGCAUUGACAGAGAUACCAUCUUUGCUCUAGGAUGUACUGGCCUUGAAGAACUUACUGGAAUUGAUCCUUCAUUUCAGAAGUUUGAAUCAACUUUGUUCAGCCAGUUAGCAAAAAGCUUGGAGAGGAGUGUUCAGACCAAAGCAGUGAACAAACAGCUGGAUGAAAAUAUUUCAUUAUUUCUUAUACACUUGUCGCCUUAUUUCAUGCUUAAGCCAGCACAGAAGUGCCUAGAGUGGUUGAUUCAUAGAUUUCACAUCCAUCUUUACAAUCAAGACAGCCUCAUUGGUUGUGUUCUUCCAUAUCAUGAGACAAAAAUAUUUGUACGUGUUAUACAGCUCCUAAAAAUAAGUAAUCCAACCCAUAAAUGGAACUGGUUGGAUCCUGUAAAGAUGUCUGGGGUCCAUUUAGCCAAAGGAACUUUGGUUACCCAUUGCUACAAAGACCUUGGUUUCAUGGAUUUUAUUUGCAGUCUGGUAACCAAAUCUGUAAAGGUUUUUUCAGAAUAUCCUGGAAGUUCAGCUCAAUUGAGAGUCCUACUGACUUUUUAUGCUUCCACAAUUGUGUCAGCUCUAGUGUCUGCUAAUGAUAUAUCUGACACUUUAGUUGCUAAGCUUUUCCCCUAUAUUCAAAAGGGACUAAAGUCAUCUUUACCUGAUUAUAGAGCUGCAACCUACAUGAUAAUCUGUCAAGUUUCAGUGAAAGUGACAAUGGAAGAUACUUUUGUUCAUUCCUUGGCAUCACAGAUUGGUAAAACCUUGACCAAAAUCCCCUCUUUGAUCAAGGAUGGAUUAGGUUGCUUGAUUGUGCUUUUGCAGAGGCAGAAGACAGAAGGCCUUGGAAAAAAGCUAUUUGUUCACCUAUGUAAUGUUCCUGACCUUGUUUCCUUACUACAUGAAAUUUCAGUAUCAUAUGAUAUUGAUCCUCUUCUGCAUUACAUGCUUCCCCAUUUUGUUGUUGCUGUCAUUCAUCAUGUUACAGAAGAAGAAGAAACUGGGGAGCUGGACAAUCACAUUUAUGCAAGACUCUUAGAAGAAAUACUUAAAGAUAUAUCAUUGGAAAACAACUUAGAUCAUUUGUUGGCCAGCACUCUUCUUGAAGAAUACAUUUCAUACAGUUCACAGAAAGAAACAGAUUCUAAUGAAAUAUCACUACUCAAUGAACAAAUUCUUCCUCUCAUUAGACUUUUGGAAAGCAAAUACCCUAAGACAUUAGAUUUAGUAUUGGAAGACCAUCUGAAGGACAUUACAGAUCCCCAAAAGCAGGAAUUUUUUCAUCAAUUUAUUUCUCUCUCCACAAGUGGAGGAAAGUUUCAGUUUUUGGCAGAAUCUGAUACUUGCCUCAUGCUUAGCUUGAACCAUCCACUGGCUCCAGUGAGACUUUUGGCAGUUAACCAGCUAAAGAAUAUUAUGGGAACAUCAAAGGAGAGUAUUGAUGAUUCCUUCAUAAGAGAAGCUAUCAUAAUGCGUCUUGGUGAUGACAAUUUAGAUGUUGUUCUGUCAGCUGUGAAUGCUUUUGAGGUUUUCAAAACAGAGUUUUGCCCAGAAGAAACAGUUUCAAGUCUCUUGAGUCUUUUUCAAAGAGCAGAACUUUCACAGGAUGGGGCAUGGUACAAGAUACUUGAAUUAACAGCUGACAACCUAAUUAAGGAAGAGAUUCUGAAUGGAAAUGAGCAGUUACUAAAUCAAGUGAUUGUUCAUUUGCUGCCAUUUAUGGUUGUUACCAAUGACAGUUCAAAAUCCAAAGAGAUGAAAAUGGCUGUAUAUCUGUCAAAGUCAGGAAUUUGCUCUUUGCACCCUUUAUUGAAAGGAUGGAAAGAAGUUCUUGAAAAAGUGAUUAAAACCACAAAGCCUACAGAAUUGAUUGGUGUAGCAAAUAAGAAAAUGGUUCAGUUGUUGGCUGACAAUAUAGCUUCAGGGAAUCCUUCUUCAAUGUUACAGAUGGUGGAGGAUCUGAUAGCUGUUGGUGAAAAAGAAUGCUGUACAUUGAGACAGAAAGUAACUUCCCAAGUGGUCAUUUCAGUACUUGUCUCUUGCUCUUCCUCAUUAAAGGAAACUCACUUUCCAUUUGCAUUAAGAGUCUUCAAUUUGCUGGAAAGAAAAAUAAGAGAAGCUGAAGUUAUUACUUCUUUGAAAAUUCCACUUGAAUGUCAUUCUGAAAUAUUAGACAAAGGAAUUCCAGUGGAGAUAUGGAUUCAGUAUGUAGAAAAGCUCAACAGAGGUCAGAUGAUUGCUGAGGAAGAUGCAGUUAUGCUUGUGUUUUCAUUGAAAAACUUUAUUCAAGUCUUGAAGCCUCCUAAAUCUUUUCUUAAAGAUGAUAAGUGGUGGAAUCCUGAACAUAUGAAAGAAGACAGCCGAGACUAUCUGCACUUAUUGAUCCAGAUAUUUGAGGUUAUUAUUGAUGGUGCUGAGGCCCUUCACUUCAGAGUUCUGAUGAAACUUUUCUUAAAGGUACAUUUAGAAGAUGUUUUUGAAUUAUUCAAGUUCUUCUCACUUUUAUGGACCUAUAACUAUAGCAUUUCAAAUCCUCUCAACUAUACUGUAAAGACAGUACUACAGACUCAAGCUCUUUACAUAGGACGUGCAAUGCUAUCAGCCCAGGAUGCACAGAAGAAAAAAUACCUGGCAUCCACAUCUUCUCCAGUGGUGACAUGUCUACUCAUAAACUUGGGAAGUCCUAUAAGAGAAGUACGAAGGGCUGCCAUUCUGUGCCUUCAAGCCCUACAUGAAGUAGAGUCUCCAUUUCAUCCAAUAAUACAGCAUCUAGUCCAAAAAGAAGAGGAGAUUAUUUCAGAUGCUACUUAUAUAGCACAGGAUUUGAAUACUUUAUUUGAGGAUCUACAAAUAGGAAAAAAGCCGAAAUCUCACCAGAAAUUGUCUGAAGCUUUAAAACAUCUGCUAUAUUGUGUACAUAGUUGUCCAUCCUAUAUUGCAAAAAAUUUGAUGAAAAUCCUUCAGGAGGUCAAUAGUGAGAUGGUGCUUUCUCAGCUGUUGUCCACAAUUGAUCAGUUGCUGGAGAAAAUCCUAAAGGAACCCUCUACAAUACUGAAGGAUGAAGUUAUCACUUUGCACCUUGCCCUUGGGAAGUACAAUGAGCAUUCAGCUUCCCUCUUACAUAAGGACCCUCAGAGUUUAGAUGUAUUUAUAAAAGCUGUACAGACAACAAAGGAAAUCUUCAAAGGGAUGCCAACAUUCCAGAUCAUUGCACUUGGAAAGAUUACAAAACCUUUCUUUGCUGCUAUAUCAGAUGAGAAAGUUCAACAGAAGCUUUUGGGAAUGCUGUUUGAUUUACUUUUGAAUUGCAAAAAUCCACUCUGUGCACAGACCGUUAGCAGUGUUUUUAAAGCAAUUUCUGUUGAUGCUGAACAGAUUCGACUAGAACUAGAACUACCAGAGAAAGCCAAAUCCCUGGGUACAGUUCAGCAAACAAGAAGGCAGAAAAUGCAACAGAAAAAACAACAAGAUGCAGAACCUGUACAGGAUCUUGGCAAUGCUUCCUGGCAGAGAGUGACUCUCAUCUUAGAAUUACUACAGCACAAAAAGAAACUCAAAAGUCCUCAGUUAUUAGUGCCAUGUCUCUUUAAUUUGCUCUCCAGGUGUCUUGAAACUUUGCCUCAGGAGCAGGGAAAUCUGGAAUAUACCAAACAGCUAAUUCUUAGCUGUCUUCUCAAUAUCUGCCAAAAACUCUCCCCAGAUGGUUCUAAGAUCCCUAGAGGUGUUCUUGAUGAAGAAAAGUUCAACGUAGAGUUAUUAGUUCAGUGUGUGCGGGUUUCAGAGAUGCCUCAAACGCAUCACCAUGCCCUCUUGCUUUUGGGUGCUGUUGCUGGAAUCUUUCCUGAUAAAGUUUUACACAACAUUAUGCCCAUUUUUACAUUCAUGGGAGCCAAUGUUAUGCGCCUUGAUGAUACUUAUAGCUUUCAAGUUAUCAGCAAGACUGUGAAAAUGGUCAUUCCUGCUCUUAUCCAGGCAGACAGUAGUGACUCUGCAGAUGUCACAAGAAACAUAGAAGAAGUUGUUGUUAAAAUUAUAAAUGUGUUUGUGGAUGCUCUGCCUCAUGUCCCUGAGCACAGGCGCCUGCCCAUCCUUGUACAACUUGUUGAUACUCUUGGUGCAGAGAAAUUCCUCUGGAUUCUCCUGCUGUUGCUUUUUGAACAGUAUGUUACCAAAACAGUGUUGGUUGCUGCCCAUGGAGAAAAGGAUGCCAUCUUAGAGACUGACACUGAAUUUUGGAUUUCAGUCUCUUGUGAAUUUACUGUCCAGCAACAGCUCCAAAGUUUGAUGAAUAUACUCAGUUACUUAACCAAACUGCCUAAGAAAAAAGAGGGAGAUGAACCCCCCAAAACAUUAUCUCAUAAGCCCAAGUCACAAGAACAAAUGCUACAGGUUUUUAAUGUGGAUACUCACACUAGCAAGCAGCUACGUCAUUUUACAUUUUUGUCAGUGUCUUUCAUGUCUCAACUCUUGGCUUCUCAUAAUUUUAUCCAAAAGGUCGUGGAAGGUGGUGGUGCUAUGGCUUUACAAGGUCUUGAACAGAGAUUACUUGAAUCUGUUCUUGGUUACAUUAAUUCUGUGGCACAGUCUGUAGAGGAAAAUGCAGACAAAUUAACUGCAAAGUUUUGGCGAGCACUCCUCAGUAAAGCUUAUGAUAUGCUGGAUAAGGUUAAUUCCUUAUUGCCUACAGAAACCUUUAUUCCUGUGAUUAGAGGACUGGUUACUAACCCACUAGCUUCUGUCCGUCGUAAAGCAAUGGACCUCUUAAACAAUAAGCUACAUCAGCACACAAAGUGGAAAAAAGGACAAGUGGCCCUUUUCUUGAAACUGGUUCCAGAUCUCUUGUCUAUUGCACAGCAUAAAAUAAAAGAGAAAGAAGAAGAACAAGCCAUUAACAGACAGACUGCCUUGUACAGUUUGAAGUUACUGUGCAAAAAUUUUGGCACAGAAAAUUCAGAGACUUUUGUCCCUGUAUUGAGUGCAGCCAUUAACCUUAUCAAUCCUGAAAUGAAGGAUGAGAAGAAUGUAUUGGGAAGUGCUUUGUUGUGUAUAGCUGAAGUCACGUGUGUCCUGGGAGCAGUGGCAAUACCUCAUCUUCCCAGACUUAUGCCUGCAUUACUGACUACACUGGAGAAUACCAACGAGCUGGUCUCAAGUGAGAUUUACUUGCUAAGUGCAUUGGCAGCCCUUCAGAAAGUUGUUGAAACUCUUCCACAUUUUCUCAGUCCAUAUCUGCAGGGUAUUUUGAUGCAGGCAAUUCGUUGGGAGGUGAUUACUAAGGAGAUGGGUUCUACUUCCCAGGCUAAUCUCCGGGUAACAUCCUUGAAAGCAACAUUGGCUACUACACUUUCUCCAAGAGUCUUAUUGUUAGCACUCAACACAGUUUAUAAGCAAAUUGGGACAAACUGGAAGAGUCGAAUAGGUCCAUUUAUGAGCAUCCUUCAGGAGCACAUUGCAGUAAUGGAGAAGGAGGACCUCAACUCCCAUCAGUCUCAAUUAACAUCAUUUUUCUUAGAAGCCUUGAAUUUCAGAGCAGAACAUUGUGAGGAUAACCUAGAGGAAGUUGGUCAAACUGAGAGUUGUAUAAUUAACUGUUUGGUGAGCAUGGUUAUGAAACUUUCUGAAGUUACUUUCAGACCCCUCUUCUUUAAGUUGUUUGAUUGGGCCAAAACAGAAGAUGGUGUAAAGGACAGGUUGCUGACAUUCUGCAAUUUGGCAGAUUGCAUUGCUGAAAAACUGAAAGGCCUUUUCACUUUGUUUGCUGGCCAUUUAGUGAAACCCUUCGCCGAAAUUUUGAAUCAGAUCAACAUCUCAAAAACAGAUGAAGCCUUUUUUGACUCUGAAAAUGACCCAGAAAAGAGCUGUUUGUUACUGCAGUUUAUAUUGGAUUGUCUGCACAAAAUCUUUCUCUUUGAUACUCAGCAUUUUGUAAGCAAAGAGAGAGCUGAAGCCUUGAUGAUGCCUCUGGUGGAUCAGCUUGAAAACAUGCUUGGAGGAGAAGAGACAUUCCAGGAAAGAGUGGCAAAGCACCUGAUACCAUGUAUUGCUCAGUUUUCUGUAGCAAUGGCAGAUGACUCUCUUUGGAAGCCAUUAAACUACCAAAUUCUCCUUAAGAUGCGGCACACAUCACCUAAGGUUCGAUUUGCUGCCUUGAUUACUGUGUUAGAGCUGGCUGAAAAGCUAAGGGAAAACUACAUUGUGCUCCUCCCUGAAUCCAUUCCUUUCUUAGCAGAGCUCAUGGAAGAUGAAUGUGAAGAAGUGGAAAAUCAGUGCCAGAAGACUAUUCAGCAACUGGAAGUAAUUUUGGGAGAGCCGCUCCAGAGCUAUUUCUAAGAAUCCUUUUUUUGUGGCUCUGUCCUCUUUGUUUAGAGUUCAGGACUUCUCUAUUAUGCUUGUAUCUGUGAACAUCCAAGAUCCAUCUUAUUGGUGCCUUAACUAGCCACUUGAAAUUAAAAUUUUUCAUGAGCUGUUUUUUUUUUAAGUAUUUCUUCAGUUCUUUUGAUUUGUAUUAAUUUGUAAUACUUCGUCUGACUAUACAUAUUUGCAUAAAGAAUUAAAUGAAAUGUUUUUAUAUCAAA